AUGGCUUCAAAGAAAGUUGCGGAGGGGCAGGUUGGAGGCCCUGUGCGAGCAGUUCAUAAUACAUCUUCGGGAAGCAUCGAGUCUGAAUCUGCUCUCAGCGGAGUCCCUUCCCUGUCCUCGACCUCAUCCGGCGACGUCUCAAGCGGCGUCUCCGAGACCAUUCGCCAGAGUUACCCCCCGGGACUUCAACCCGGGCAGAUGGCCGAUUGGUUCGACAGUCCGCCACCUGUCCUUCAAGACUACUUGACCGACUCUCAAGAGGAAGUCUUGGACUCCGGUUGGAAUCUUAUGAUCAGCCAGCAGAUCGCGACUAAUCGGAUUCAGGAAUUGGCAGCGGAGUCGCUGAACGGAGGGGCCCCCGGUGGAAGCAACCGGGCGCUUCUGAGUGCUAGCCCACAGGACGAGCUAUUGGUUCCCGAGGACCUAGACGAGGGACAUGAGUCUCGUGACGCAACCCUGGACAAAUCUCUGAAGGGUGAAAGAGAAGGGACAGGAGACGUCCAGAUCUCUCAAGGAGAGACUGGGUUUCAUGGCUUAGCGCUUGGGGCCUUCAAUCGAGCGGAGGACCUCAGAUCCGAGGUGUGGAGCCCCAGUCAAAACGGAGGUUUGCAGAGCGCAGAACCGGGGGCAACUUUCACAAACGAGCCGGAUGUUCUCGAAACCCAAACAGCCUCGGAAGCGCCAGUCUCACCGGCUGCAAAUCAUGCGGCCACACGAGGGAUCCCCCCAGCCGCCCUGAACCGGGCCGUUCUGGCGUCACCUUCAGGGUGCGCCGUGACGUCAGCUGCCGCACCCGGUUCCGUCUGCGAGAUUGAGGAAUGCGAACCCGAGGAGCCCAUGCUGCCGGCUGCCAUCCCGGGGGUUGUUGCACCGACCGCUAUCCCUUACCUCGCGAAGACGGAAAGCGUCCUCGGAGACAAUCCCCAAGCACCUGUACAACCGAAGCUCCGGGUUACCCGAGUCAGUUCUCCACAGAUAAGACGCCCUGCCGUUUUGCGGUCAACUCUUCCAGCAAAGCUAUCUCCCGGUAGCAUCCCCCGGGCGCCCGCUCCUGCCCACCGGGAGUCUGGCAAUCUCCCGGAGAUAAACACCCGGGCGUCUCCGGAGCCAAGACAGCUUAGCUUUGUGGAGGACGAGUUCGCGCGCCAGAAAGCGCUCUUUGAAGCGACACUUCUGCGGAGAAGUGCUGUCGCUCCAACGUAUACGUAUACGAGAUGGGCGUCGUUCGCGCUUAUGGGCGCGGCAGUGGCGAGAGCGGGAGGGUAUAUUUUGCUUGCGUCAGCAGCCCAUGAUUGA